UCAGAUCAUAAUGAAUUAAGUUCUCACCGAAUACGGUUGAAUUCUUGUAUAGUACAGGAAGGAGCAUGCUCAUCAAUACACUAUUUUAUUCAUUCGCGGGAUGUUCUAUGUGGUUUUGGAGAGACACAGAAAAACAUGUAGGCAACUUCUGAAGCGGAUAUUUCUUCUCUUGGAAUAGAAGACAAGACGCACUUCAACUUCGGAUUGGUUCGGGAGGAAAGUCGUUCGUUGCGUUGAAGCAUACUAAACAAAGUGAUUCAAUUAUUUCUUUGCGGUGACGAAAAUUUAGUUUGAAUACAUUUAAAUCGAUAUCUUCCACACACACACACACACACACACACACACACACACACACACACACACACACACACACACACACACACACACCGCUAUUUAUCCGAUGUUUGGUCAGAUAUCACUGAGCCGAAACUAUGGUGAUAGAAUGUUGGAUUCGGUCACGGAUUUGACGCGCCGUCGCUAAAGGAAUAACACAUCUUCAGAGAAACAAAACCUCAUCGCUGUUUCCAGAGUGUGAAGGAAUGGAGCCUUCCAUAGUAUUACUGCUUAUGACAGUUUUCGGUUUGGGUGAGGGGUCGUCCCUCCAAUACUCAGACGGCCACUCCAAUCGCCUGCUGUCCCUGGAGAAGAUGUUUGGUCGUCCUGCUAAACACUCUCAGUGUCACCACAUGUUAAAACAUCUCCACCACGGGGCCCGGAUAACCGUCCAGAUGCCCCCUAACAUAGAUGGCCACUGGGUCUCGACCAGCUGCGAGGUACGUCCUGGCCCAGAAUUCCUGACGCGGUCGUACCGGUUCUUCCCCAACAACACGUUCCAGGCCAACCAGUUCUACUACAGGGACAACCACUGCACUACCCCCACCUACACCCUGGUAGUCCGGGGACGGCUGAGGCUCAGACAGGCCUCCUGGAUCGUCAGAGGAGGAACAGAGGCUGACUACCAGCUCCACCACACACAGGUGGUGUGUCACAGUGCGGCCGUGGCCAAGGAGCUGAGCCAGAGGUUAAACCAGAGCUGUCGCAGCACCGUGAGGAUCAAAGCACCCUGGGAACCCAACAUCAGCUAUGAGCUGUGGAACGAGGAGGGCUGUGACUGUUCCAGAGAGAUCAACUUCUCCAUACACGAGCUACAGCUGCUACGUGUGGAGAAACAGUACCCUCAUCAUAACGUGGACCACAUGGUUGAAGAGCUGUUCCUGGGAGACAUCCACACUGAGGUAGCUCAGAGGAUGUACUAUAGACCCUCUAGUUACCAGGCCGCUCUACAGAGUGCCAAGAACCAUGACCACGGCUGCAUUGCCUGUCGUAUCAUCUACAUUUCGGAUGAGUUCCACCCUCCCAUCCUGGCGCCGCGGGCGGACAUGACAGUGGGUCUGUAUGGCCAAUGGGUGAGCCAGCGCUGUGAGGUCCGCCCUGAGGUCCUCUUCCUGACCCGUCACUUCAUCUUCCAUGACAACAAUCAGACCUGGGAGGGCCACUACUACCACUACUCUGACCCCAUCUGCAAACACCCCUCCUUCAAUAUCUACGCUAGAGGGAGGUACAGCCGAGGGACGCACUCAACCCGAGUUAUGGGAGGCACGGAAUUCGUCUUCAAAGUGAACCACAUGCGUGUGAUGCCCAUGGACCUGGCCACCACGUCUCUCCUCAACGUGUUCAAAGGUAACGAGUGUGGCAUCCAUGGUUCCUGGGAGGUCGGAGUUGAACAGGACGUCACCUUGACCAAUGGCUGCGUGGCGUUGGGGAUCCGCCUCCCGCACACAGAGUACGAGCUGUUCCGGAUGGAACAGGACGCCCACGGACACCUACUCCUCUACAACGGCCAGAGACCCUCAGACGGGUCCAGCCCCGACCGGCCGGAUAAACGAGCAACCUCGUACCAGAUGCCCCUGGUCCAGUGUUCAGCUAGCAGCCAGAUGUCAGAGGUCGUGGGAGGGGAAGACGAGGACCGACCCCUGAGGCUGAGUAAUGGUGGAACCAGAAUGACGUGGAACCAGAACCGGAGGGGUGUUGUUGUGGUUCUGACCGCGCUGGUUCUGUUGUUCCGGUGUUACAGCUAAAAACUGACAGUCUGGUUUUUCAUAGUUAAAGAACAGACCUACUGGUUUUUGUACAUAAAGACACUGACUGUGUGUAGGACUGUGGACCGUGAGAGAGGACUCUAAUCUGACUCUACUUCAGCGUCUACCCUGAGGGAAAGGAGACUGCUCAUUGCCUUUGACGCACUUGAACUUUUGAAAUAUCUUUUUGGCUUUUUAAAUGCGAUGGAAGCGUUUAAAAGACAAGGUGGAGAGAGUGGAGAGGAGAGAGUGGAGAGAGAGUGGAGAGAGGAGAGAGAGUGGAGAGCGUGGAGAGAGAGUGGAGACUAGUUCCUUUGAUGCCUCUGUUGCUUGGAACUCCACUCCGUUAUUACCAGAGGUAACACCGCUGCAUCACAAUAACUGCACUUUAGAGUGGAAAUGGAGAACUAGAGAAGCCUUUGGUUAUAGAACUAGAGAGGUCUUUGGUUAUAGAACUAGAGAAGUCUUUGGUUAUAGAACUCCAGAAGUCUUUAGCUAUAGAACUCCAGAAGUCUUUAGCUAUAAAACUCCAGAAGUCUUUAGCUAUAGAACUCUAGAAGUCUUUGGCUAUAGAACUCUAGAAGUCUUUGGCUAUAGAACUCUAGAAGUCUUUGGUUAUAUAACUCUAGAAGUCUUUGGCUAUAGAACUCUAGAAGUCUUUGGUUAUAGAACUAGAGAAGUCUUAGGCUACAGAACUAUAGAAGUCUUAGGUUAUAGAACUAGAGAAGGCCUAGGCUAUAGAACUCUAGAAGUAUUUGGCUAUAGAACUCUAGAGGUCUUAGGUUAUAGAACUAUAGAAGUCUUAGGUUAUAGAACUAGAGAAGUCUUUGGCUACAGAACUAGAGAAGUCUUUGGUUAUAGAACUAUAGAAGUCUUUAGCUAUAGAACUCCAGAAGUCUUUAGCUAUAAAACUCCAGAAGUCUUUGGCUAUAGAACUCUAGAAGUAUUUGGCUAUAGAACUCUAGAAGUCUUUGGUUAUAGAACUCUAGAAGUCUUUAGCUAUAAAACUCCAGAAGUCUUUAGCUAUAGAACUCUAGAAGUAUUUGGUUAUAGAACUCUAGAAGUCUUUGGCUAUAGAACUAUAGAAGUCUUAGGCUACAGAACUAUAGAAGUCUUUGGCUAUAGAACUCUAGAAGUCUUUGGUUAUAUAACUCUAGAAGUCUUUGGCUAUAGAACUCUAGAAGUCUUUGGUUAUAGAACUAGAGAAGUCUUAGGCUACAGAACUAUAGAAGUCUUAGGUUAUAGAACUAUAGAAGUCUUUAGCUAUAGAACUCCAGAAGUCUUUAGCUAUAAAACUCCAGAAGUCUUUGGCUAUAGAACUCUAGAAGUCUUUGGCUAUAGAACUCUAGAAGUCUUUGGCUAUAGAACUCUAGAAGUCUUUGGUUAUAGAACUCCAGAAGUCUUUAGCUAUAAAACUCCAGAAGUCUUUAGCUAUAGAACUCUAGAAGUCUUUGGUUAUAGAACUCUAGAAGUCUUUGGCUAUAGAACUAUAGAAGUCUUAGGCUACAGAACUAUAGAAGUCUUUGGCUAUAGAACUAGAGAAGUCUUUGGUUAUAGAACUAGAGAAGUCUUAGGCUACAGAACUAGAGAAGUCUGGUUAUAGAACUCUAGAAGUCUUUGGCUAUAGAACUAUAGAAGUCUUAGGCUACAGAACUAUAGAAGUCUUUGGCUAUAGAACUAGAGAAGUCUUUGGUUAUAGAACUAGAGAAGUCUUUGGUUAUAGAACUCUAGAAGUCUUAGGCUAUAGAACUAGAGAAGUCUGGUUAUAGAACUCUAGAAGUCUUUGGCUAUAGAACUAGAGAAGGCCUAGGCUAUAGAACUCUAGAAGUAUUUGGCUAUAGAACUCUAGAAGUCUUAGGUUAUAGAACUAUAGAAGUCUUAGGUUAUAGAACUAGAGAAGUUUAUCUAUGGCUGCAUCCACAAAUACAGGAGAUUGUUUUUAUACACCAUACCUUAACACAAUAGCAAGUGUCUUCUUGGUAUUACAAGUAGAUGAAAUAAGAUGCAUUAUUUUCUACAAUGAAAUGUAAAGAUGGCAAAGAACGUGUUUGGGGUAGACAAAUGCUAAAGAAUCUGAUUCAGGGUUUAAACGGGAAAUACAUUAUCAGUACAAUAGGACUACUGAUAAUGACAUAACCUACAGAGACUUCCAUGACUAAUAUGAUACCACAAAAAAAAAAUGUUAAAUGGCACUUUUGUCUAAAUCUUCCCCAUAACUAAAACACCAAACACUUUAUUGUACAGGUCAGGAGUUACGGCACAUUUAGAAAUCCGCCCGUGAUCUUCUUUGAUGUUAACAGAGAUAUCCGCUACGAUCUAGCCUGAGAACCAUCUCAUACGCAAUGGAUGAAGAUGCCCUAAAACGAUCUGUAUAACUGGCUGUAUGUAUGACAAUUAAAGAUUUGAUACUGUA